AUGCUCUCUCUACCGACUCUAGCUCCCCAGGAUUCCUACACCCUCUGGUACACCACAUCCGACAGCACUCCUCCCCAACACGCCGAAUCCCCCUCCGGCAGCGCCUUCGACCACUUCACAGCCCCGGGCCCAGGGCAGAACAAUGGCGGUCCCCAACCGCACCGCCGAUCCCCAGGCGGUCUGCACCGCAGCCCUCUAGCGCGCCUCCGUCUCGACGAGGAAUACAUGGAGCGGCGCAAGCAGAACGUGCAGAACUACGGGCAUUGCUGGAUCAAGCCGCCGGGGAUCCCCAAAUCGCUGUACCAGCUGCGCGAGGAGAAGCGCGAGAUGGAGGAGCAUCAGGAGGUUUUGAGACGCGAGGCCCUGGCCCAGGAACUGGCCGAGGCCGAGGCCGAGGGCGCCGAGGAGCUGUUGAUGUUGCAGGGCGAGGGCGGCGACGAGCUGGAAGAGCCGAGGGAUCUGGAUGACGAGGUGCCCGAGGCUGAUAUCACAGGCCUCGAUGCGGAAGAAUCGGAGCCCGACGAGGACGAUGACGACGACAAUGAUGAGGUCGACAUCGAGGAGGUGCCGCGCGGGCUCCUCGCUGGUCGCAUGCCGGAAGACGCGUACCGCGAGGCGCUCGUGCGGGGAGAACAAGCGCGGACGUCUCGGUUUGGCGACGAUGGCGGGUCGACGGUGGGUGACGAGGAGCAGUCGCAGAUGCUGCAGGAGGAGGACCUAGUUCACGAAUCUCGACUCGAGAACGCGGAUCUCGAUAUGGACGAAGGUGUGAACCUGGAUGAUGAGAUCCCGGAGGCCGAGGAGGAGACGGGAGGCUACGAGCAUACGGAUACGGAGGCGGAGUUGAGCAGCAGUGAAGAUGAGAGCGUGGAUGCUGGCGUCUUCCCGCCCCGGCGGGGCUAUGCAGCAGCAGCAGCGGCCUCGAGCAUGGUCAGGAGUGAUGGCACGCAGAACAGCAUGGAUAUCGGAAGCAUGCUUUCGCAGAGUAGCAGUCAGAUGGGAAGUAGUCCUCGGCGGAGAUCAGAUAUCAGAGCUCGCUGA